AUGCGCGUGACCAAGGAAUUCCCCUGCUCGAAGCAAUGGGAUAAUUGGUCAACAGAUCCGCAAAGGAUUGCGCCGAACACAGACAUCCGAUUUGACCUGGCCAUCUCACCAAUGGAGGACUUUGACAUCGUAAUAUACGGCUCAACCUCCGGCGCCGUGGCAGCGGCUAUCCAAGCCGCUCGACUGGGGCGCCUCGUGGCACUCGUCUCUCCCCAAGAGCACAUCGGUACUCCUGGCUUCCCGUCCUCCACCACACACGACGCUCCACUAGGCGGUAUCCAGGUAAACGGUCUCGGCGCAACCGACAUUGACAACCAAGCCGAGUUCCAGAACAGUACCACGCUGGGCGGUCUCAACCUCGAACUGCACCAGAGGAUCAGCGCGCACUAUGGUCGCCUGGACCGGUUGAAUGAGGUCGUUGAGAAGAAGCUUAAAGACCCUAAUGUUUGGCGGUUUGAAGCAAAAGUCGCUGAGAAGGUCAUCAAGGAGUGGCUCGUGGAGUAUUCAUCCAUACACAUCAUCAAAUCUCGACUCAAAGAGCACGAUGCCGUCGAAAAGGAUGGAAGCAGAAUAAAAGCGAUCCGCCUCGAAAGCGGCCAAACAGUCACUGGAAAGAUCUUCGUCGAAGCCUCCUACGAAGGCGACCUCCUAUCCGCCUCCUCAAUCUCCUGGACCCUCGGCCGCGAAUCCGCGUCAAACUACUCCGAACUCCUAGCAGGCAUCCGCAACAAGACGCUCUACUGCCAAAUCAACGUCAAUCUAGACCCUUACGUACUCCCAGGCAACCCCUCCAGCGGUCUUCUGUACGGCAUAUCCGACGAAGCCUUUGGCACCCCGGGAGACGGCGAUUCGCAUUUACAAGCCUAUUCCUACCGCGUGCCACUGACCGACGACGCAGAUAACAGGGUGCCCUUUACAAAACCCGCGGGAUACGAUCCGGCGCAUUAUGAGCUGCAUCGCCGUUUUAUCGGGGCCGGGGGCGAGAUGUACACUCCGCAGAAGAGGGUUCCGGGGGGCAAGACGGAUUUGAUUGGGUCCGAGGGGGCGCUUUCGACUGAUUUGCUGGGGAGAAAUGACGAGUGGCCUGUUGCUUCAGUGGAGCGGCGGAAGGAAAUCUUGGAGGACACGGCUCGGUUCACGAAAGGACUUUUCUGGUUCCUUGCCACAGAUGAAGCAGUCCCCAUUCACUACCGUAGAAAAUGGUCCAAAUUCGGCUACUGUCGCGACGAGUUCGCAGAUAACGGGCACUUCCCUCGCGAACUCUACGUCCGAGACGCCCGGCGCAUGAUCUCGGACUACCUCGUCACCGAAGCGACCGCAUCCGAAAACGGCGCUCCCCAGGUGUCGGACCCGGUGGCCGUGGCGUACUGGCCAACGGACACGCACAGCGUCCGCCGCAUCCUCAGGGACGGCAAGGUGCACAACGAGGGCUUCAUCUUCAAGGACGGGCACCGGUGGCGGCCUUUUGGCAUCGCGUAUCGUGCUUUGGUACCGAAGCGUGCGGAAGCUGUCAACUUCAUCACGGCCACGUGUCCCAGCUCGUCUCAUGUUGGCUACGGGGCUGUGAGGCUGGAGCACCAUUUCUACGCCUUGGGUCAAGUGUGUGCCAAUGCUUGUGAUAUAGCGCUCGAGGAAGAUCUGGCGGUGCAGGAUGUGCCUUAUAAGCUUCUGAGAGAUAGGUUGGUGCGGCAAGGAGUUAUCGUGGAUGCUUCUGUCGUUGGUGUUCCGUCUUUUGGUGCUGAGUAG